AUUCCGUGGUAGCGAGUAAGUUUCGACCCCAAAAACCGACCAAUCAGUAACGAGGUCCCGCCGGACGAUAGUGGAAACUCUAGUGCCCGCUAAAUAGCAAUAGUGUCAAAGUGCAUCGAGCUCCCGAAAGAGUGCGUGUGAGUGAAAUUUCGACGACAAAUACGUCCCAUCCUUAGAAGAACCACAAACCGUACAACCAAUCAACCAGAACCAGCAAGAUGCCUUUCAAGCCAGCGGAAAACCCAAAGUGCCCCAAGUGCAACAAAUCGGUGUACGCCGCCGAGGAACGAGUCGCCGGUGGACACAAAUGGCACAAGGGAUGCUUCAAAUGCGGAAUGUGCGGCAAGAUGCUCGACUCCACCAACUGUGCAGAGCACGAGAACGAGCUGUACUGCAAAAAUUGCCACGGACGCAAGUACGGACCGAAGGGUUACGGAUUCGGUGGCGGCGCCGGCUGCCUAUCGAUGGACACCGGUGCCCAAUUCCAGGAAGCGGGCGAUGGAACUAACGGACACAUUGAGCCGAAACCGAUACCGAAAGCACCCGAAGGAGAAGGUUGCCCUCGUUGUGGUGGAUAUGUUUACAUGGCCGAGCAAAUGUUGGCACGUGGAAGAGCCUACCAUAAGGGAUGUUUCAAGUGUGGAGACUGCAAGAAGGGUCUCGAUUCGGUGAACUGUUGCGAGGGUCCGGAUCGAGAAAUCUACUGUCGAGUGUGCUACGGUAAGAAGUUCGGUCCUAAGGGAUAUGGCUACGGUCAAGGUGGAGGAGCCUUGCAAACCGAUAGCUCUGAUCUGAUUGGUGAAUUUACACCGAAACCAUCAUCUGUGGAUACAACAGCCAUCAAGGCCUCACCUGGACAGGGAUGUCCUCGUUGUGGCGGUGUGGUAUUCGCUGCUGAGAUGGUACUCUCGAAAGGACGCGAGUGGCAUCGCAAGUGCUACAAAUGCCGUGAUUGCACCAAAACUCUGGAUUCAAUCAUCGCCUGCGAUGGUCCGGACCACGAUGUGUACUGCAAGACUUGCUACGGCAAAAAGUGGGGACCGCAUGGAUAUGGGUUUGCCUGCGGAUCCGGCUUCCUACAGACGGAUUGCAUGACCGAGGAUCAACUGGCAGCGCAGAAACCUUCCGUCCCGAUUGACACAACCUCGAUCAAAGCCCCAGAGGGACAAGGUUGUCCACGUUGCGGUGGAAUGGUAUUUGCCGCCGAACAACAGCUGGCCAAGGGCACCAUGUGGCACAAGAAAUGUUUCAAUUGUGCCGAAUGCCACCGGCCGCUUGAUUCGAUGAUUGCCUGCGAUGGACCGGACAGAGAAAUCCAUUGCCGCGCCUGCUACGGAAAACUGUUCGGACCGAAGGGCUUCGGAUUUGGACACACCCCAACGUUGGUGUCGACCGAUGUGCAGACCACCGCUCCAGUGUAUACUGACUUCAAACCGAUGAACGGACCGAAGGCCGCCGACGGCAAAGGAUGCCGCCGCUGUGGUUACUCGGUGUACGAGGCGGAAAAAAUGCUCAGCAAGAAUCUCGUCUGGCACAAACGGUGCUUCAGUUGCUUCGAUUGCCACAAAUCACUCGAUUCGACGAAUCUGAACGAUGCACCGAACGGAGAGAUCUACUGCAAAGGCUGUUACGGUCGCAACUACGGUCCACGUGGCGUUGGUUUUGGCAUAGGCGCCGGAGCGCUGACGAUGACGUAAAUUUCCUUUUAUUCGAGAUUUUGUUUUAAUUUUCGCUUAGUUUAACUAUUAACAACAAACAAAAGUAAAUGUAUUUUCAACGCUUUCCGAAGGAAAGCAAACAGACUUCAGCAGUGCUACUGAUUUCCUAUCCGCUAGUCGUGUUUAUUAGCUAUUUAUUUUUCGCGUCCGAAAAACUCUGACAAACCAACCAGUGAGUGUGUAAGAUGUAACCAGUAGAAGUCGAGCUUCGCUAGUCCUAGAUAAGCAAAAAUAAAAAAAAAAUAAAACAACAUAAAAAUUUAGUUCAAACCCCGCAAAACGAAGCUAAAGCCCAAUGUUCAAAUUAAAUUCAAAACAUAAGCUGCAAACAUGCGAACGACCAGGCUGCGCUAGCCUGCGAUCAUCUACAGAGGAGGUGUUAAGAAACGCAAAUUUUCUCAUCAAUUUAACACAGGUCAAGCACAAUUCUGCUAUAAUAAAAGCGACGAUUUAUAUAGGACUUGUAACAUAUAGUGACGCCGUUGCCUGAUAUGAGACAAAAAUGUUUGAAUGUUUAGAUUUUGUUGUGCGAUAUUGUCCGACAAAUUGCUGAAAUGAAGCUUGAAAUGAACGCGAUUGCCUGCUGAAAUCAUUCAAAACUUUAACAGUAAUCUUAGCUUAGUUAUCAUUUGAAAACGCUUAACUUAACAACAAUAUUUUCGUUAGCUUUGAUACGUUAUACACUGUGCUAGUGCUGUACAAUCGAGUUAGGAAAAACCAAUGAUAGCUUCUGGCAAACAGAGAAACAGUAACUAUCGCAUUCGAAGAAGCACCCGUCCUUAUUUUUUUACUAUUUCGUCCAAAAUUAUACUUUGAUCUUUGUUUUCAAAUCCAAAGAAUUUCGUUUCUUUGAUAGUGAAGAUAGUAGAGAAAAACAACAGGAAUUUUCUGACGAACACGAAACUUUUUUGUGGAAACUUUGUUCUCAAGCGAGUUAGUUUUAUUUUUACUAUUUACUAGGUUUAGGUGAACAGAAUGAAACCAGAUAAAACGAACAGAAAACAAUUAGUCAUGUCACAUUUGAUUAUCAUCAUUACUGUAAUUCUGCAAAUUAAUAAACCUUUUA